GCAGGUGCGGGCGAGUGGACAUGCGCGGGCGCGAGCGGGGAGUCGAGUGUGGUGCGAAGUGGGCGGCCAGCAUGUUCCAGAACCCCGGAGCGGAACCAGAACGUCCGGGGGCCCUGGGAGAAUGACGGGGGGCCCGCACGCCAAUUCGUGCGAACGUCGGUCUGAUGUCUGUUGCGCCCUUGGAUUUCCGAUUUGUCCACAUGUCCUCUUUCCAUCCCCGCCGACCAGAGGAACAGUACACUGCGCUUCCUCCCAGCAGCAUGUCCUCUCUCGGCAGCCCCAGGGCCGCGCAGGGGCAUCCCAACCGCGACACGAUCACCUCUGUCGCCAAUGGCCAUCUCGGCGGCGACUACGGGCCCUACUCGUACGCCCCCUCCCCUGAGGCCGGCAACCUGCGGUACAGCGCAGCCAUGUCCGACCGCCAGUUCCCCACCUCCGAAGCCCCCUCCUCCCGCCGCCUCGUUGACCGCAGUAGCACCGUCCCGUCAUACCAGUGGAACAAGGAACCCGAGAUCGACGACGCCCUGCACGACCCGCGCGCCAAGCUCGACCCCCGGUUCACCCUCUUCUCGCUAAGAGGGUGGCUGAACGGGCUCACCCUCUUCAUCCUCGCCCUGGGCAUCCUGAUGUUGUUCUUGGGGUACCCGCUCUACGAUGCAUUCGGACGCCAUGUCACUAGGAUCAGUGGAUAUAACCUCGGUGGGAUCAAUGGCUCCGGCCAAAUCCCCGAUCUGGCCAUCCCGCUACUCAUCGACAAAGAUACCCCGUCCAACGUCUACUCGCGAACAGGCCACGAUGGGCGGAAAUAUGCGCUCAUCUUCAGUGACGAGUUCGAGCAGGAGCAACGGACAUUCUAUCCGGGAGAUGACCCGUACUGGGAGGCGGUGGACUUCCACUACUGGCCAACAGGCGAUCUCGAGUGGUAUGACCCUCAAGCCAUCACGACAGAAGGCGGCCGUCUCAAGAUCACCAUGACCGAGCAGGAGACCCACAAUUUAAACUUCCAGAGCGGCAUGCUGCAAUCCUGGAAUAAGUUCUGCUUCACGACUGGCUACAUCGAGGCGAAGGUCAGCCUACCGGGCUCGUCAACUUCGCCAGGGUAUUGGCCAGGUGUCUGGACCAUGGGAAACUUGGGACGCGCUGGUUAUGGAGCCACGACGGAGGGAAUGUGGCCGUAUUCAUACGACGCAUGCGACACGGGCACUUUCCCCAACCAGACGAGCAAGGACGGCGUUCCUGACCUUCGCCAUGCCUCUACGUGGGGCGGCAAGCUGAGCUAUUUGCCCGGCCAGCGCACAUCUGCAUGCACUUGCAAAGGCGAGGAUCAUCCUGGUCCUGACGUCAGCAUGGGACGUGCCGUCCCUGAAAUGGACUUGAUCGAAGCCCAAAUCGACGUGUCGAACUUCCGUGGACAGGCCUCCCAGUCCUUCCAGCUGGCGCCCUUCGACUACCAAUACUACAUCGACAACACUACGAUCACGCUAUACGAUGAAGACGUCACCGUCGUCAACUCGUACCACGGUAGCGAAUGGCAGGAGGCGGCUAGUGCUCUUACCUACUUCGACGACUCGGCGUAUGGCGAGAAUGGCGAGCUCACCGUUGGGCUGGAGUACUGGUCGAACCCGGACAAUCGCCAGGAGGGGUACAUCACAUGGUAUAUCAAUGGCAAGGAGACUUGGACACUACCAGCAGCUGCCCUGCCAGCGCGGUCGAACCUCGACAUAUCUGAGCGGCUGAUACCUGAGGAGCCGAUGUAUCUCAUCAUGAACCUGGGCAUGUCGCCUGGUUUCCAGCAGCAGGAUUACGAGCAUAUGACCUUCCCGGCGUACAUGUAUGUCGACUACGUGCGCGUAUACCAGCGGGAAGGCCUCGAUACCGACCAGUCGAUUGGCUGCGACCCGUCAAAGCGACCGACAGCAGACUACAUCGCAAACCACGCACCAGCGUACAACAACCCAAAUUACACAACAUGGGCGCAGGCCGGAUAUAAUUUCCCGCUAAACUCCCUGUACGACGGUUGUUAGGGUCGUCGCGGACAAUAGCGGCUAUUUAUUAGACGAGGGGCGCGUGGGACUACGUGCAUGGGCAUUUCGACUCUCGAGACUCGAAGGACAACGCUUUGCGGCCACAGUGUAAACAUUUAUAUUAUCGCUUUCGUUCUGGGUUUGUUGCAUGGACACACUGCACAUUUGUACAUGUAUAGGCUUAUUCUUAAUUGUCCUGUGUCACCGGGUGUGUGCUUUGGGGCAUGCGCUCGCUGUUUGCUACACGCUCUUUACUACUCGCCGCUCAUUUGUCGCCUUCGGUUCGUCCGCCCGUGCCCGGGACCCAUACUUCCUUCCAUUCGACGGAUUAUUGUGCUUUCGUCAUGUACUGGUACCGAUAGGCGUUCCCCGAAUCCGAUGCACGGUUCUCGAAGCGCUA